UCCCUCCUUGCCCUAUAACUUACUCACUGUCUUCCUCUCUGCAACUCAUCACCACCAUCACCAUGAACUCAAUCUCAAAAAAUUCCAAGAUUUCCCUGAAGAACAACUCCACAAAGAGAACAUCAUCAACAACAUCAAUUUUUCAAAGAAGAAGAAGAAGAACUUCAGUACAUGCACGGCGUCGUGUCUGCAAGAAAUCUGAAGCAAAAACUACCAAGUUCUCGUCGUCGAAGGUAUCAGAUAAGCUAGAAGCUCUCAAGAAUCUCAUUCCGGCGAACAAUGGAGAUACCGUUAAACCGGACCAGUUGUUUCAGGAAACCGCCGAUUACAUUGUUCUUUUAAAAACUCAAGUCUUUGUUUUACAAAAGUUGAUUCAGUUUUAUGGAUCUAAUGCUGCUGAAGCAGACAAUAAUAGCAAUGCUGUAGUUUUAUAGGCAUUUUCUGUUGUUUUUAGAUGUUUGCAUAUGCUUCUUUUUUUUUUGUUCUGUUUGGGUGAUGAGAAAGUGAAAGAAAGUUUGCAACUUAACUAUAUAGCCAGUAGCUCUUUUGUUUUGUGCUUGAUCUCAAAUUUUCUUUCAUGUUUUUGACAUUUUUAUUGUAUUUUUAGCUUAAAUUUGUGAUGACUACAAUGAGAUGAAUCCCAAUUCCUUGCAUUGGGAUUUGAUAGUUGAUUGAUUAGAAAUAACUAAAAUCUUAAUUUAUGCUA